GGCCUUCUAUAUGCAGGUGUUACACUGGUACUUUUCAUACAGGAUUUAACUUCAUACUCACAACUGUGACAGAUAGGUAUCAUUCUUCCCAUUUUACAGAUAUAAUUUGUCCAAAUCACACAGCAGUAUCAGAUCUAAGGAUGGGACCCAGAUAUGACUAACCCUAGUUUUGCUUGACUCCUAGACAGUGCUAUACUAUACUAAUGUAAGAUAUAACUGUUAUUGCUGUUAUUGAAUCUUCAAGCCAAGUUGCCCUCUGCUACUUGGCCCUUGUUGUCAGUGGUCAGCAUGAUCCGCGUGAGGGUCCCUGGGUCCCAAGGCUGUAAGUUAGGGCUCCCUAAACACUGGUAAUCUAGCAGGGUGUAAGGAAAAACCUGAAUCUGAGACUCCUGCGCUCAGCUCAACCCUCCUAGAACUGGGAGGCCAGACGGAUAGAUGUUCAGAGACUUCUCCUACCUCCUUCCAGUCGCGUGCCAGCCUGGGGUCCCCGCCCUUCCCCAGUAGAGCUCUGCGGGACUCAGGCGAGGCGGGGCCAGGGCUGGGGACACGGCCAGAGCUGGUUCUGUGUCGCGCGCGUCAAAAGCGCUAGAGGUCGUUGAGGGGCGUGGGUGGUUCGGGAAGUGGGCGGCUGAGUAGUGCUGAGGACCGAGGCCCCGAGGCGGAGCAAGAUGGGAUCGUGGCCGGGGAGGCGUGCCACAGCCGCUGUGGGAACGGCCGGAAAGAGUUACCCUUGGAAGCAGAGGCCCAGGCAGAGGUAUUACCAAGUCAUCUUUGUGGCCCUCCUUCAGAAUAAAAGAAAGAUGGCCAAGGAGAGGGGCCAAAUAAGCCCCAGUGAUUUUGCCCAGCUGCAGAAGUACAUGGAAUACUCCACCCAAAAGGUCAGUGAUGUCCUAAAGCUCUUUGAGGAUGGCGAAAUGGCUGAAUAUCUCCAAGGAGAUGCCAUUGGGUACAAGGGAUUCCAGGAAUUUUUGAAAGUCUAUCUGGAAGCAGAUAAUGUUCCCAAUCACCUAAGUCUGGCACUGUUUGAAUCCUUCAAGACGGGUCACUGUUUAGAAGACGCUGUGAAAAAUGAUCUGGUAUGUCUCAGUGAUGUCUCCUGCUACUUUUCCCUUCUGGAGGGUGGCCGGCCAGAAGACAAGCUAGAAUUCACCUUCAAGCUGUACGACACGGACAGAAAUGGGAUCCUGGACAGCUCAGAAGUGGACAGAAUCAUCAUACAGAUGAUGCGAGUAGCUGAAUACCUGGAUUGGGAUGUGUCUGAGCUGAGGCCGAUUCUUCAGGAGAUGAUGAAAGAGAUUGACUAUGAUGGCAGCGGCUCUGUCUCCCUAGCUGAGUGGCUCCGGGCUGGGGCCACCACCGUGCCACUGCUAGUGCUACUGGGUCUGGAGAUGACUCUGAAGGACAAUGGGCAACACAUGUGGAGACCCAAGAGGUUCCCCCGACCAGUCUACUGCAACCUGUGCGAGUCAAGCAUUGGUCUUGGCAAACAGGGGUUGAGCUGUAACCUCUGUAAGUACGUCGUUCAUGACCAGUGUGCCAUGAAGGCCUUGCCUUGUGAAGUCAGCACCUAUGCCAAGUCCCGGAAGGACAUUGGUGUCCAAUCACAUGUGUGGGUGAGAGGAGGCUGUGAGUCUGGCCGAUGUGACCGCUGUCAGAAAAAGAUCCGCAUUUACCACAGUCUGGUCGGACUGCAUUGUGUGUGGUGCCACCUAGAGAUUCAUGAUGACUGCCUGCAAACCAUGGGUCAUGAGUGUGACUGUGGGCUGCUCCGGGAUCACAUCCUGCCUCCAUCUUCCAUCUAUCCCAGCGUCCUGGCCUCUGGACAGGAGCGUAAAAUUAACAAAGCAAGCCAGAAGACCACAGAUGAUUUAAGUUUGAGCACCUUUGAGGCUCUGCGGAUUGACCCUGUUUCUAACACCCACCCACUUCUGGUCUUUGUCAACCCUAAGAGUGGCGGGAAGCAGGGGGAGAGGGUGCUUUGGAAAUUCCAGUAUCUACUAAACCCUCGACAGGUGUUCAACCUCCUAAAAGAUGGUCCUGAGCCAGGGCUCAGAUUCUUCAGAGAUGUUCCUGGUUACCGGAUUUUGGUGUGUGGUGGAGAUGGCACAGUAGGCUGGAUUCUAGAGACCAUAGACAAAGCCAACUUACCAGUUGUGCCCCCUGUUGCCGUGUUGCCCCUGGGCACUGGAAAUGAUCUGGCUCGUUGCCUAAGAUGGGGAGGAGGAUAUGAGGGACAGAAUUUGGGGAAGAUCCUCAAGGAUUUAGAGAUGAGUAAGGUGGUACAUAUGGAUCGGUGGUCCGUGGAGGUGAUACCUCAACAAACUGAAGAAAAGAGUGACCCAGUCCCCUUUCAAAUCAUCAAUAACUACUUCUCCAUUGGUGUGGAUGCCUCUAUUGCUCACCGAUUCCACAUCAUGCGAGAGAAAUAUCCUGAGAAGUUCAACAGCAGAAUGAAGAACAAGCUAUGGUAUUUCGAAUUCGCCACUUCUGAAUCCAUCUUCUCAACAUGCAAAAGGCUGGAGGAGUCUUUAACAGUUGAGAUCUGUGGGAAACCACUGGAUCUGAGCAACCUGUCCCUAGAAGGCAUCGCAGUGCUGAACAUCCCUAGCAUGCAUGGUGGUUCCAAUCUCUGGGGUGAUACGAAGAAACCCCAUGGAGAUAUCCAUGGGAUCAACCAGGCCUUGGGCGCUGCAGCUAAAGUCAUCACCGACCCUGAUAUCCUGAAAACCUGUGUACCAGACCUAAGCGACAAGCGGCUGGAAGUGGUAGGGCUGGAGGGUGCAAUUGAGAUGGGCCAGAUUUAUACCAAGCUCAAGAAUGCUGGACAUCGGCUGGCCAAGUGCUCUGAAAUCACCUUCCACACCACAAAAACCCUUCCCAUGCAAAUUGAUGGAGAACCCUGGAUGCAGACACCCUGUACAAUCAAGAUCACCCACAAGAACCAGAUGCCCAUGCUUGUGGGCCCACCCCCUCGCUCCUCCAAUUUCUUUGGCUUCUUGUGCUGAAGGGGACACCUCAGCCUCCAAGCCAGCCUUGAACCCACCUCUUCAUCCCUGGACUCUACUCCUAGGCUCUGUACAUUGCUGCCACACCCUCCUGCCAGCUCAGGAGAGUGUUUCUUCACCCUCAAAAUAUUUAUUAUCCUGCACCACUUCCACUAUUCGCCAUGCACAUGUGCGUGCACACACACACACACACACACACACACACACACAUACAUUGAAAGUGCCUCAUCUAAAUAAAAUGACUUUUUCCCCCCACUGGGAUAUCUGUUAAGUAAAUGGUACACCUCCUUUCUGUAUACCUCCACUCUGUAAAUGAUAUAGAUUCUCCCAGAAGCAAGAACAUAAAACAGCACGAGGUUCUGAGUAUUUAUUUCAGUUAAUGGUAGUUUCCAAGGGAGGACUGAGAAAA